GUUCCGUCGUGUCGGGUGCGCUCUGCACCACGAGUCUAAAACAAGCAAAUUCUAGUCCUAUAGCCCCUCACAGUUUUUUAACCGCAAUAUCUAUGACGAAUAAAUGGUUAAACUAGAUGCGUCAUCUUCCCAUGGAUGCGGUGGCAUUAUAGUUAAAAAACUGUUGGCAAGUGGAGUUUGCAACUGUUUCGAGUAUUGGCAAGUCAUCGCAAGUUCUACUACCUGUAAAUGAAAAGAAUAAGAACACUUACGCCAAAAGCAAUGGCGCAAUAUGAAGAAAAAGUUGACGCCUACAAAGCUAAGAUCAAGUCGAUGCAAGAUAAUAUAAACGUUUGCAUAGCAAAACAAAUUGAUGAAAGUGAUAUUAAAGUUUUGACAGAAAGGAAAAAGGAACUUUAAGACUUAACAGCAAAGUUUGAAAACAUUUAUGGUGAAUUUGAAGAGUAUUUGACGCGAACUGGCACAAAAGACAGUACAAAACAAUUUACAUAGUUACAUGAACAUGGAAAAGAGAUAAGAAGGGUUAUAACUCAAUUUAUGAACCACAUUGACCACUUGAUUGUAUUGUUUAGCGAAAAAAUGUCUGUUAAAAGUUCAAAGAAAAGUUCAAGUUCUGUGUACAGGAGAAAGAUGGAAUAUGCGGAAAAGGAAUUUCAGUUAUUAAGAGAAAAGGCCGCGAUAGAAGAAAGGUUUCAAAUAGAACAAGCAAGUGAAAUCAGGAAAAGAACAGAGAUUGAAGCUGAGUUAAAUCUGCUUAAAGUCAAACAAGAGAAUGCAGACACAAGUGACUCAAGCAGUGAAACUAGUAAAUCAGAUAAACAGUUACCAGUUCAGUUUGAAAAUCCCAAAGAGAAGGUAGACCUGUACCUUAACAAUAAUCCUGUGACACAUGCACAUGACACAAGAAGCGAUGUAAACUUUCCCAUGGACAUAACAAAAUUCUUGUUAAAAAAGGACCUUUUAGUUGCAAGGCUGUCUAAUUUCAGAGAUACACCAGAGACAUUCCAAUCUUGGAAAGGUACUUUCAAAUCAGUAAUGAAUGAACUGGACGCAUCACCUGCAGAAGAAACAGAUCUUCUUAUCAAAUAUCUUGGUGCAGAAUCAUCCAAAUAUGCCAUAAGCAUCAAAACGGCAAAUGCCCAUGAGCGGAGCUAUGCUAGGGAUGAAAUUUGGAUUCGCCUUGAAGAAAUGUAUGGAAGGCCAGAGUUGGUUGAGGUUUCUAUCAAAAAGAAAUUGAAUAGUUUCACAAAAAUAUCAAAAGACUACAAAAGGCUCUACGACCUGUUAGACAUUUUGUGUGAGAUCCAGUAUCUAAAAGCUAAUCCUGUGUACACAAUGAUGUUUUCAUAUUUCGAUUCAUCGUCCGGAGUGAAUCCCAUAGUUUCCAAACUACCAUACAACCUACAGGAUAAAUAGAGCAUCUCAGUACAACCACAACCACCAAGUAAUGUUUCCACCGUUCAGCUUCUUUGUGAAUUUUGUGAGGGAAAUAAGCAGAACCGAAAACGAUCCAGCUUUCCAAUACAUGUGUGAACAAAAGCCUGAAAUUUCCAAACCAUUUAAAGUAUUUGCAAGAAAAACUGAAGAAGUCCAAUCUCUACCCAAAGAAAAGGAAACCAACACUGAUCAAAAUGCAGCCACCAUAAAACGUUGCCCUAUACAUGAUGCACAGCACUCCCUGUUGCAAUGUAGAACAUUUCUUCAAAAAACAUUGGAAGAGAAAAAACGAAUUGUUAGAGAGAAGAACAUUUUGUUUCAAGUGUUUAGAUUCAGUUAAACGCAAGGGACUGUCGAGUUGCCGUGAAAUGCUCCAUUUGUGGAAAAGGUCACGUUGCAGCACUUCACGGCGGGGAGACGCAGAACCAACAGGACGUUACAGCAAAGUGCACGACUUUGUGUGGCGAUACACUCAUCGGGAGGUCGUGUAGUAAAACUGUUCUUGUCGACAUAUAUCCAAAAGGACAAUUUGAAAAGGCUGGCAGGGCAUAUGUUAUCAUUGACGAUCAAAGCAACUGUAGCUUGGGUACUGUCAAACUAUUUGAUAAAUUGAGUAUUUAUGGACAGACCACUCCGUACACGUUAUCGUCAUGCAAUGGCCGUGCUACAAAGUUUGGUAGACACACUAGCGAUAUAUGUGUUAAAUCGAUUGAUGGUUCCACAGGGAUUGAUGUUCCUCGAGUCAUAGAGUGCGAUGAUAUUCCAAACGAAUAUCAGAGAUACCCACUCCAGACGUGGCAAGAGCGUAUAGUCAUCUGAACCACAUUGCAGAUACAAUUCCUAACCUACAAGGAGACUGCAAGGUGCAGCUUCUUAUAGGACGUGAUGUUCCUGAAGCCCACCAUGUUAUGGACCAAGCCAUUGGAUCCCGUGGCACUCCGUUCGCUCAAAAGUUAGCGCUUGGUUGGGUAAUAGUGGGAGAGGUGUGUUCAGGGCGCGUCCACACAAACGAAGAUGUCUCCGUGUACAAGACCUACAUCAUGCCCUAUGGCAGAGGCACACACAUCAAACCAUGCCAAUUCAACCUGAAUAUAAAGGAAAAUCAAGGUCCUGAUUUUCAGUCGCUUGAUGAUACCUUGUUUGUUCGAACAGUUGAUGACGAUACGACUGGACUCUCUGCAGAAGACAAACAGUUUGUAAAACUUAUGGACUCUUAAAUGGAACGUGACCAGAAUGGCUUCUGGACUGCACCUCUUCCAUUCAAGGAUGACAGACCCGAGCUACCUAACAACAGAGCACAGGCGUGGCGCCGAGCUCAAAUCCUAGAUAAUAGCUUGAAGAACAAUUCGGUCAAGAGACAGCAUUUUGUCACCUUUAUGGGCAAGGUCAUCGAUAGCGGAGCUGCUGAAGUUGCACCCUGUGCUAUUCAACAAGAGUGUUGGUAUCUUCCACUAUUUGGCGUCUACAACCCGAAUAAACCUGGACAGAUAAGAGGUGUAUUCGAUUCGUCGGCAGUCUACCAGAAUAUCUCAUUGAACAGUGUUCUCAUGUCAGGCCCUGACAUGAUAAACAGCCUGCUAGGAAUUCUUCUCAGAUUCCGUAGAGACGAAGUCGCUGUUUCUGCCGAUGUAGAGCAGAUGUUCUAUCGCUUUCGAGUCACUCAUGAGCAUCUUGAUUUCCUUCGUUUUCUGUGGUACAGAGAUAACGAUCCUGACAAAGAACUCAUUGAAUAUAGAAUGUGUGUUCACAUAUUUGGAAACUGUGCUUCCCCAUCUGUUGCUACAUAUGGUCUACGCAAAGCUGUACAAACUGCUGAAAAAGACAUUCAAAAUCUGGUUAACAAGGACUUUUAUGUAGAUGAAUGUUUAACGUCUAAGCCUACUGUUGAUCAAGCAAUAGUUACAAUGAAAAGAACUCAGACAGCUUUACGUGAUGGUGGAAACAUUCGGCUACAUAAAAUUGCAUCAAACAAUGUCGCUGUAAUGCACGCCUUCCCUCAGGACGACCUUGGAGGUGAUUUAAAAUCACUAGAUCUUAGUGUAGAUCCUCUUCCUGCCCUGCGAAGUCUCGGAUUGGCCUGGGACUUGAAGAAGGACACCUUCAUCUUCAAUAUCGAAAUGGAAAACAAGCCUUUCACCAGAAGAGGCGUACUUUCCAUGGUGAACAGUAUCUAUGAUCCCCUUGGUUUCAUCGCUCCGAUAACCAUAACUGGCAAGAUACUACUACGUGAAGCUACACCAUCCGGUGUAGACUGGGAUGCUCCUCUCCCACCAAGCCAUGAGAUGAGAUGGCUUGAAUGGAAGCAGUCCUUACAAAACACAGAGACAAUUGCUAUUCCUCGUGCCUACACUACGAUUUCCUUCAGUACAGCAAAGAAGAGUUCAGUGAAUAUCUUCUCAGAUGCUUCAGAAGUAGCUAUUGCUGCAGUUUCUUAUUUGAAAGUGACCGACCAAGUUGGUGAAUCCAGUUCUGGGUUUCUGUUAGGAAAAGCGAAGUUAGCCCCUACACAAGGACAUAGUAUUCCUAGGUUGGAACUGUGCGGCGCAGUUUUAGCCACUGAGUUAGCUGUUAUAAUAUCUAAGCAGUUAGACAUACCGAUAGCUUCUAUGACAUUCUUUACUGAUAGCAAAGUGGUGCUAGGAUACAUUUGCAACGAAACUAGGAGAUUCUACACGUAUGUGAGAAAUCGUGUUGAAAGAAUAUUGAAUGUAUCUACACCAGAGCAAUGGCAGUACAUUUCAACGACCCGUAAUCCUGCCGAUUGUGCAACCAGAUGUCGACCAGUUUGCCUAGAUGUUAGCGACAGUACGUGGAUCAAAGGUCCUCCUCUUCUGAAAGAUCAUGAGCUUCAGAUAGAGGAUAACAUCGAAGAGUCCAAGAACUAUGACCUGAUCAACCCUGAAAAUGACAGUGAGAUUCGUCCUGAAGUUCUCACGAGGAAAACAGUGAACGUUGAAUCCAGUAUAACUAGCAAGUUUGAAAAGUUUUCUACUUGGCAGUCUUUGGUGAGAGCAUUCGCGCUCUUGAAAAGGUCGUGUAAAGAUCACAAAAAAGUAGCAAAACCUGAGGUCGUUACGAGUCACAUUGAAGCAGAAAACUUCAUUGUACGUACAGUUCAAGAGAGCAGUUAUGAAAAGGAAAUUCAGUUAUUGUUUAGCAAGAGAGCUGUACCUGCAAGUAGCAGUUUGUCUACAUUGAGUCCAUUUCUAGACAAGAAAGGUGUCUUGCGUGUUGGUGGCAGAUUAACAAAGGCAGAUGUUCUGUCUAACAGCAAACAGCCAAUCAUCAUCCCGAAGAAGUCUCACAUAGCUCUUCUUCUUGUGAGACAUUUCCACGAGAAAGUUCAACACCAAGGCAGACUACUUAAUGAAUCCACUUUGCUUAACAAUGGCUUCUGGAUUAUUGGUGCGAAGAGACUUAUUUCCAGUACUAUUCAUGAGUGUGUCAUCUGCAAAAGACAGCGUGGUAAAUUUCAAAGUCAAUACAUGUCCGACCUACCUGAAGACAGAGUUACUCCAAGUGCUCCCUUUACAGUGAUUGGCGUAGAUACAUUUGGACCAUGGUACAUUGUUGCCCGCAAGAUCAGAGGCGGACUUGCAGAAAGUAAAAGAUAGGGCAUGCUUUUCACAUGCUUGAGUACUAGGGCAGUGCAUAUUAUAGUUAUUGAAGAGUUAAGCAGUUCAGCCUUCAUAAAUGCAUUUAGAAGAUUUGUAGCCAUAAGAGGACCAGUCAAAGAGGUUCGAUCAGAUCGUGGUACGAAUUUCAUUGGGGCGCUUGAUGAUCUCAAAGCCGAAGGUAUUUGUGUAGAAGAUGGACCUGUAAAGAAAUACCUUCACGACUCGAAGAUAACUUGGAAAUUCAACCCUCCACACUCGUCACACAUGGGAGGAGUGUGGGAGAGAAUCAUUGGACUCACGCGUAGAAUCCUAGACUCUAUGCUCCUGAAGACACACGCGCAAAAGUUGACUCAUGACAUUUUGUGAACAUUCAUGUGUGAAGUGUGUGCGAUUAUCAACUCCCGACCUAUUGCUUCAAUCUCUACGGACCCAGACGAUCCUGAAAUAAUGACCCCGGGAAUGCUGCUAACCCAGAAGAAGUAACCUUUGGAAGGAUUGGACUCAACCCUGAGUAUGAGGGACAUAUACAAACCGCAAUGGAAGUACUUUCAGGUGAUGGCAAACACUUUCUGGAAACAGUGGCGUAACGGAUACCUUCAAACUUCGCAAACACGGCGAAAGUGGCCAAGUGUUCUAGAAAAUUUGAAAACCGGAGACGAUGUUCUUGUUAAGGAUGUUGAAGAACAUCGAAACCAUUGGCCAUUGGGAAUCGUUGUUCGUGUCUUCCAAAGUGGAAGUGACUCAAACAUUCGUUCAGUGGAAGUACGCAUCGUUAAAGACAAAAAAUGUGUAAAUUAUGUUAGACCAAUCACGGAGUUGGUACUCCUAGUGGAUUGAUGUACUUUCUCAAAAUAAGUCAGUUUAUCUACAUACACAAACAUAAAUGUGAGACAAUUUUGAGUGCUGAUUAGAAUAUGUCUUAUUGUUUUGCAUACAUGCUUUCAUUUGUUAUAAGAUACAUGUAUUGGCUUCAAUAUUGUUUAAAUUAGGGUUUGGAUCUAUUGUUUUUAAUAGUCAAUAUUUAACUGUCAAUUAUAAUUACUCUCAUAGUAAGAAACUUAAGUAACAUUAUAUUUCUUUAUUUUGUAAAAGUAGGUCAAAUUUAUGUAUUUUCAUAUACACUUGUUAGUGAAGUUUUAUUAAAAUUAACACUAAUGUAUGAACUUUAUAAUUUCAGUUUCUUUACUGAUGCUUUGUAUCUUGGUCAUUUUGUUUUGUUUAAUUAGGACUUGUACUUUAAGGUGAUUAAGUUCAAAGAUAUAGCUUUUUUGUCUUGGGUUUAAUAUGUGAAUCUCUAUAUAUGCUGUUGUAUUAGGUUAAAAAUUUGGUAUUAGAAUACCAGACGGGGAGUGUACUGGAACUGAAGUUCCAUGUUUGUUUUCUAUUAUCUUUAUUCAGUAUUAAGUAAUGUUUUCUUGUUUAAAUUUGAUAAUUUGAAGUUACACUCGGGGCUAAGUUUUACUGGUUAUUUACAGACCACUGUCGAUUUGUUAACUGUUGAGUGCAACUCGUUUGUUUUGGUUUUUUGACGUUCCGUCGUGUCGGGUGCGCUCUGCACCACGAGUCUAAAACAAGCAAAUUCUAGUCCUAUAGCCCCUCACAGUGUAAGUUUACUGCAUCAAUAUGUCUUAUAUUAUUCCUUAUAACUUUCUGUAUAGUUAGAUUUUGACCGUAUACUCUGAAAACCCUCACAUUCGUUCCGAAGCCGGAUUCGUACCCAACCUCGUUCGAUUCGUUCGCACUAAAAAGGGCGGUGGCAUAUUGGUGUACAUAAGAGAAAAUAUCCCAUUCAUUCGCAGAAAAGAGUUUGAGUCUGAACACAUUGAAGCAAUUUGGAUUGAAGUAUGUUUUUGCAAUGCCAAACCAUUUCUAGUGUGUUUCAUUUAUCGACCACCUGAUAGUAAGUUAGAAUGGAUUAAUAUGUUCAGUAAUCAGUUAAAGAAUGUUGAAGACUUAAAUUUAGAGUAUCAUAUCAUAGGAGACAUUAACAUAAAUUAUAAUGCCGAAUGUGGGUCAUUUAAAAUUACCGCAUGGCAGGAUUGUAUUAUAAAAUACGGAUUAAACCAGCUUAUAGAUGUUCCUACAAGGGUAACAGAGAAAACAUCUUCUAUUAUAGAUCAUGUAUAUACGAACUCAGUUGAUCGAGUAUGUGAAGCAUUUGUAUCAAGUCUAAGUAUAAGUGACCACUUUCCAGUUUGUUUCACUAGAGCUGCCCGUUUA